UAAAUAGCUCGUAAAAGAAAUAGAGAAGAAGCCCAAAUAAAAUAAUGGAGGAUGAAGCAGAGAAUUUGAGAGCAGCUUUUGGCGAUUCAUCGGAUGAUGAAGAUCGGCCGGGAAAAGAAACCAUAGGGAUCGGAGAGUCGACGGUAUGGGAGCGAGUGGAGGAGAUAAAUGGUUUAUGGCUCUGUAGAAACUUUCUCUCUAUUGCUCAUCAGUCUGAUUUGCUCUCCGCGAUUCUAAACGAAGGUUGGUUCGUUGAAGAAUCUAUUAACCAGGCGAUGAGAUUUGGUGAUCUCCCUUCAUGGGCAACAGAACUAUCUGAUCUCAUACGCGAGACUGUGGAAUCUGUUGAUCUUCCGGUGUUGUCUGCUGAUUUACUGUGGAGAGAACCUCUGUUUGACCAGCUCAUUGUCAAUUUAUACCAACCAGGUGAGGGAAUUUGUGCACAUGUUGAUCUGCUGCGUUUUGAAGAUGGAAUUGCCAUUGUCUCUCUGGAGUCACCUUGCGUGAUGCGGUUCAGUCCCGCAGAAAAGGAAGAAGAUGAAUAUGUGGAUAUUUUGUUGACCCCGGGAUCUCUCAUCCUCAUGUCUGGAGAAGCUCGGUAUCGAUGGAAACACGAGAUUAAUCGAAAGCAGAAUGGGUUUCAGGUAUGGGAAGGAGAAGAAAUUGAUCAGAAACGAAGAAUCUCCAUUACCUUGAGAAAGCUAUGUCAAGCGUAAGUGUGUAGUCAAUCUGAUUUAAAUCUUUAUUAGAGGGAAUACCUUUUUGUAAACGUGAUUAAUUGAUAUGAACUUACAAUGUUACACUAUAUCUUUAAGACUUUAACUAUGUGUUUUAUUAAAAUAUUGUUUUAAAUA